AUGGCGACCUCCUUCGGAGCGGUCACACGGUUUUGCUUUUCAUCUCUAUUGAAACCAAGAAGGAGUCAUUAUGUUACAGUCAGAUGUGGAAUUAGGCUAUUUACCCGGUCAUGCUCCUCUAAUACCGUCCGAAGUAGCCUUUACGAGCACAUCUGUGCAGGCUACAGUGAUAAACCUGAGAUUGAUAUGCAAAGGGUGUGCGAGGAGACGGACCAAGUCAUUGCCGAGGUGGAACAUCGGAAAGGAGAACUACGGGCAGAGGAUAUCAGAAAAAUGAUCUCCGUCUGGAAAGAGCUUCAGGACGUGCGACAAGAAAUUUCUCUUCUUGAGGAACAUAAGAAAACGAUCAGUGAGAAAGUUCGAGCACUUGUGGAUCAGCAUGACAAGAAAAUUCUACCAGAGAUAUCAGAAUACAAGACGGCAAGAGAGGAAGGGAGGCAGAUUAGAAUGAAACUGAGUCAGUUGUACCCAAAGGAGAAUGACUUGGAGCAGGAGCACUACAGCCGAGCGCUGCGGCUUCCUAACAGAACACAUCCAAAUGUGCCAAUAGGAGAUGAAAGCAAUGCAAGAGUGGUUGAAUUUGUUGGAAAGAAACCAGAGUUUAACUUUAAACCCAAAGGUCAUUUGGAAAUUGGAGAGGCACUUGAUAUCAUCAGACAGAGGCGACUGGCACACGUGUCUGGUCACAGGUCAUAUUAUCUGAGAGGUGCAGGGGCCAGACUCCAGACAGCUCUGCAAAAUUUCGCACUAGACUUUUUACAACAGCGGGGUUUUAUUCCCAUGGUUGUUCCAGACAUGUUAAAAGGAGCUGUUUUUGAGGGCUGUGGGAUGCAGCCCAAUGCCCACAGGUCACAGGUUUACUCCUUAGACCCCUCACGCUUCCCUGACCUUAACCUGGCGGGCACAGGCGAGGUGGGAGUAGCAGGUUAUUUCAUGGAUCAUGCAGUGAAUUGGAAAGAUCUACCAGUCAGAACAGUGUGCAGUAGUACCUGUUACAGGGCUGAAACGGACACAGGCCGAGAAACCUGGGGGCUGUACAGGGUCCAUCACUUCAACAAGGUGGAGAUGUUUGGUGUGACUGCAGAUGAAACAGGAGAGGAGAGUUCGUGCCUGUUAGAGGAGUUUGUGUCGUUACAGAGGGAAAUGUUCUCUGCCCUUGAGCUUCAUUUCAGGGUCUUGGACAUGCCCACUCAGGAGCUUGGCCCCCCUGCUUACAGGAAGUAUGAUAUUGAAGCCUGGAUGCCAGGGCGGGGCAGCUUUGGAGAGAUAUCCAGCGCAUCAAACUGUACUGACUACCAGAGUCGUCGACUUAACAUUGUGUACGAGGACGAGGAGGGCAAGCUGCAUUAUGCCCACACAGUAAAUGCUACGGCGUGUGCUAUUCCCCGAACUGUAAUUGCAAUUUUGGAGUCCCAUCAGACAAAGGAUGGGACAGUUCGUGUACCUCAUGUCUUGCAGCCAUAUCUUGGAUUGACAGUGAUAGAAAAGCCCAGUUACACCCCCCUAAAAUACAUUGGUCCAAACCAACCCAACCGUCAUCCUCGUCCCUCUCCCAAGCCUCAGCGUCAUUAG